UCUCGGUCUCUCGAUCGUUCCGACCAUCUGACCUUGCGCAUAAUAAUACGAACAACUGUUUAGAGAAGUGUGUUUUUAAAAAUAACCGUCAAAUAUAAAUAUUUAGUAUAAUUCUGCACGUUUUCCACUUAAAUAGUUUAUAUUUUAUAUAUUAGAUUGAUCGUUUUGAGUUUUCAAAUAAUACACUCUUCUCCGUAUACGGUUGUGCUGCCAAAAUUCACAUCAUGAGUUUUGCACUCAAGUCAAAAGACAGCAGACAGCAAAAACCUACGACCGCCACAUCUUCGCUUCCGCGUCGCUCCGUGGGCUUAGGUAACAACAUGGCAUCGUCGGGCACAUCUACUAUUCAAAAACCUAUUUCGAAGCUGCGACGGUCAGUUGCAACAUCGUCCACUAUCAAUAAAACUCCGGAUUUGCUACACGCUCCAAAAUUUGGUGGUCAACAGAUGGCUAACCGUAAACCAGAUCUCACAAAAAAUUUACCUGGAAAGACUUUGGAAAAGGCACCGAAACAGACUCAGCAAAAACCAAAAUCUCCUACUAAAGAUACAUUUAAAAUUCCGACUUCUGCUAAUAUACCAAAAAAGACAACUUCAAAACCAUCUACAACUGUCAAUCAAUUACAAGAUAAUUUAAAAGCGGCAAGCCUUAAUGAGAAACCCAGCGAGACCGCCGAAGAUAUAGAUAAAGAAAACAACAAGAACAUGGGCCUUUCUACUAAAAAAGAAGAGAUGAAAUGGUCGUUGGACAAUUUUGAUAUCGGAAAAGCAUUAGGAAAAGGUAAAUUUGGUAAUGUAUAUUUAGCUAGAGAGAAAAGUUCAGGGUUUAUUGUCGCGCUCAAAGUACUAUUCAAAACACAAAUUCUCAAAGCAAAAGUCGAACACCAGCUCAAAAGAGAAAUCGAAAUUCAAACUCAUCUCAGACAUCCAAAUAUUGUACGUAUGUUUGGUUAUUUCCACGAUGAUGUUAGGGUGUAUAUGAUUCUAGAAUAUGCACCUAAACAGUUGUACAAAGAAUUACAAGCUCAAGAAAAUAAACGUUUUUCUGAAGAAAAGGCGGCUGUUUUUAUCAAACAAUUAACCGAGGCGUUGAUUUACUGUCAUAAUAAAAACAUCAUACAUCGUGAUAUUAAACCAGAAAACUUGUUAUUAUCUCGAACUGGUGAAUUGAAAAUAGCCGAUUUCGGAUGGUCCGUCCAUACACUCGACUCCAAACGUAUGACAUUGUGUGGUACUUUGGACUAUUUACCUCCAGAAAUGGUGAGUGGGAGUACUCACGAUAAGUCUGUUGACGUAUGGAGCGUGGGUGUGCUGUUAUACGAAUUCUUGGUCGGUAAACCACCAUUCGAAGCGCCUACCUAUGAGGAAACUUACAACAGAAUAUUGAAUGCACAGUACAUAUUUCCACAACACGUGGCUCCGCUCGCUCGUGAUCUAAUUUCCAAAUUGUUAAAAGUAGUUCCGGAAAGACGUUUAUCGCUACAAAACCUAUUAGGCCACGAUUGGAUAAAAAUACACACUCAGUCUUCUGCAAAAUAACAAAUUAUGUAUAAAAACAUAAUUUUGGAUCUGAGUUGUAAAAAUAAUUUUUAUUAUACUAACUAUUUUCGUUAAACACACACAAUUAGACUUAUUUUGUAAAUUGAACUUUUUUUUUUUUUUGUUAAAUUAAUCAUUUCACUUGUAAUUACUGAUUUUGUCACCUUUUUGGUAGACUUUAAUGAUAAUUUUAUAUUAUAUAUGUAUUUAUUGUAAGUGGUUACUUUUGUAUUGCAACUUUUUUUUUUUAAACGCUUGCCAAUUAACAUUUAUUGUGUUUAAAAAUGAUUAAUUUAGAAUACCGCUAUAUUUUUUUAAACUAAAUAAGAGUUAUAGUUAACUGUUUGCAUCUAAUGAAAACUAUUAUUAAUAUGGCUUUUACUAUAAUUAUGGAACAAUAUAUUGGCUAUAUAAGUGUAAAAAAAAAAUAUAUAUAUAUAUUUAUAUAUUGAACACUUUAUUUUAUAACACACAUUAAUAUACGUAAGUAACCAUUCUAG